UUGGGAAUUAUCAGAGCAUGCAAGCGGGAUAGUAGUGGGAGCAGUAGCAGCUAACAUUGGGGACUGCAGUGGGUCGUGGACUUGACCCGAUUUGUCAGUUUGAUGACUUUAAACAACCGUCGCUCCUUCCGGGGAUUUUAUUGGCUCCCAAUUCGAAGAAAGGACAGUUUCCUUGUUUGGCCAAAUGAAAAUCAAGAUGCGUAAUUGCUUUAUCAAAAGAGACGUUUGACAUCAAAGUGCAACAUCUGUGGCGGCUCUAAUUAUCCCUGCCUCACCAUGGACAAGCUAGAGCACUUUGAUAUCUCAAAAGAAGCAGGCAGUUUGUUUCCAGGUUUGCCAGGGUUUUCCAGCAUGUUUGGGAAGAAGAAGAAACGGCUGGAGAUCUCAGCCCCGUCUAACUUUGAGCACCGGGUCCACACGGGCUUCGACCCGCGAGAGCAGAAGUUCACCGGGCUGCCACAGCAAUGGCAGAGCCUGCUGGCCGACACCGCCAACCGGCCCAAGCCCAUGGUGGACCCCUCCUACAUCACCCCCAUCCAGCUGGCGCCAAUGAAGAUAUCUCCCCAGAAAGUCCGGUCGUCUGAAACGCCGUUGCCCAAAACCAUUGUUCGAGGGAACCGGCCACCCAAAGAUGCAUCUAUUAAUGGCCUGCUAGAGGAGUUUGACAACAUUUCAGUGACACGCUCCAACUCCCUGCGUAAAGAGAGCCCACCAGGCGUCCAGCAGGCUGGAAUCAGCUCCAAGCCGUUAGGCAGUGGUCAUCUCGCUGCUCUAGAGGAGAAUGGAUUCAACCAUUACUACUCCCGCUACUCGUGUGAUCUGGACACCUCCAGCAGGGACUUUUCCCUGGAAGCCGGCAAGCCAAGCUUCUCCAUAGAUGGAGACUGGGCUGUUGGGAGGCAUUACCGGUUCACCAAGCAGAAUGGCCAUUCCCACCCUAUCCGCAGCCCCUUCUACCCUGACGCCAUGCCUCACAAAUCAGACUAUGGGAAGCUCCCGCCGGACUACCACACCUAUUUGGAGAGCAAAGGGCGCUCGGCCGAUGAGGUGGCCUCCACAGUCGGUAGCGGAGUGGGCUCCAGCGGCUACUACCGAGCGUCAGUUGGGGGCUCGUCCAGUCAGGACUACCGGGACACUUCAGUCGGCACGCCUUCCCGGGCCUCUCUUCACAGCGAGCAGAUCAACUACCCGGACAGCGAGUGGAGCUACGGCGGCUUGCGGGACGAAUAUGACAAGAGACCCAAGAGCUCCUACGUGACCCAGACGAGCCCGACACCAGCUAUCAGGCAGCGAUCUCGGUCAGGAUCCGGGUUGCAGGAGCAAAAUGUUCCCUAUGCUGCCACUGGGGCUUUGAGAAACCCUCCUCAGGCCCACCCAUACAGUUCCUACACCUACCCUCGCCUCUCCGAGAGUCUCGCCAACUCGCAAACGAUAGGCAAGGGUGAUUACGAGCGUUCGUCGCGUGACGAAAGUCCCCAAGUCGCAGGUGGAGACACCUAUCUUCGAGGGCCUCUCAAGCUACCUCAGAGCCACAUCAAGCCGCCUGGCUACCCACCAGCACACCUCCCUUACCCCCCCAUGUUUCACCACUACAAGCCCUCGCCGUACCAUCAUCCUCCCUCCCAGCCCAGCCCACCGUACACCCCGCAGGGGGCCUACUCGCAGCCUUCAUCCCCUUACGUACCCCCAGGGGCUUAUCCUCCUCCUUCGUGGGGGUCAAGCUCAGACACGCAGCCUUCCAGAGUCUCCCAUGAGCAGUUCAGAGCCGCACUCCAGCUGGUGGUCAACCCAGGCGACCCUCGGGAAUACCUGGACAACUUCAUCAAGAUUGGCGAGGGCUCCACGGGGAUCGUGUGCAUCGCCAGCGAGAAGCACAGCGGCAAGCAGGUGGCGGUCAAGAAGAUGGACCUCAGAAAACAGCAGAGGAGAGAACUGCUCUUUAACGAGGUGGUGAUCAUGAGGGACUAUCAUCAUGAAAACGUUGUGGACAUGUACAACAGUUACUUGGUGGGAGACGAGCUGUGGGUGGUCAUGGAGUUCCUGGAGGGCGGGGCGCUCACCGACAUCGUGACUCACACCAGGAUGAACGAGGAGCAGAUUGCGACGGUGUGUCUGUCGGUGCUGAGAGCUCUGUCCUACCUGCACACACAGGGCGUCAUUCACCGAGACAUAAAGAGCGACUCCAUCCUACUGACCAGCGACGGCAGGAUCAAGCUGUCAGACUUUGGCUUUUGUGCCCAAGUUUCCAAAGAGGUGCCGAAGAGGAAAUCUCUUGUGGGCACUCCCUACUGGAUGGCACCGGAGGUCAUCUCAAGAAUACCUUACGGGACUGAGGUGGACAUCUGGUCUUUAGGCAUUAUGGUGAUCGAGAUGGUGGACGGAGAACCCCCUUACUUUAACGAGCCCCCUCUGCAGGCCAUGAGGAGGAUACGAGACAACCUUCCCCCACGGCUAAAGGAAUCCCACAAGGUAUCGUCGGUGCUGCGGUCCUUCCUGGACAUGAUGCUGGUGAGGGAGCCGUCGCAGAGAGCCACUGCCCAGGAGCUCAUCCAGCACCCAUUCCUCAAGUUGUCCGGACCGCCGUCCUGCAUCGUUCCCCUCAUGAGACACUACCGCCAUCGUUGAUCUCCUGGCCUAAUCGCGUCCUCUCCCACACUAAAACAAAGAAAAGAAAAGAGAAACACAUGCUUACUCACCCAGUCCAAACAACCUUCUGCGUGAUGGCCCGCCACUAACACCUGUAACCGUAAACGUAGAUUAGCGCGAGGAAUAUUUAAGAAGUAUGUUUAAAAAAAAACCCACACGCACACAGAAAAGAAGAAGGAGCCAUCGGGACGUUCUGUUGAGCCGGUUCGCCACGCUGCACUCUUCUUUCUUCCUAGACUCAAGAGUCACAGUAGCCAUCAGCCUUCCACAGCUCCUGAAGGGUGCACUGAGUUGCUGGCGAGGCAGAAGGACCUAAGUGACCCCCGCUGCUCCAAAGCAGAACAGCAGAGGGCCAAACAAUCAGUGUGACGAGAGAGGCUUUUGACCGCCAUCAGUCCAUCAUUUAGAGAGGGACAGGCUGUGUCCUAGCAGCCGAGGCUAGCGCCGACAAGGUCACUCACAUCCCUCUCUCUUCUCACACACACACACACACACACACACACGUCAAAACGCGAAAAUGUAUUUUAGAGAAACCUGUAACAUUUUCUGUACAGUUUUGAUAAUUUGCAGUAUUUUAUCGUGUCGUAACUAUUGUGAUAUGAGCAGUAUUAAAUAGCAUUUCUGCAGAGAUCUUUCCUACUGUUUAUAAUCCAGUUUUUGCUUAAACACAUAAGAGAUAUUCCAAAUAAAUCCAGCUAAACCUAACUGUUACUAAAAGUACUUAAUAUAUUUAUGAUCUCAACAUUUGUAGACAGAACUUCCAUUAAAUGUUUGGAAAAAAAAAAGGGUAAUGUCAGAAUUUUCUAUGACAUUUUGAAGUAUUUAUUUAUUUAUUUAUUGGAUUUGGGGUGAUAUUUUUGAUUUGUAGUGUGGCCUUUUUUUCUUUUUUUUUAAUUCAUGUUUUCUCCAUGAUUCUUAAUGCACUCGAGCAAAGCAGUGAUAUCAGUUGUUAUGUAAUCCAAGCAAUACCCCAAACCUAUUUGUAAAACUAUCAAACCCAGCUUUUAUGAUACUGUAACAACAUGCGUUUCAAUGUAGCACAGAUUGUGUGGAUUUGGCAACCAAAAAAAAAAAGAAGAAUAUUCCUUGCUUUUUUAAAUUUUUCUUUAACUACUUCGAGUUAGCUUGCCAGCACACAGAGAUCAGGAUGCUGACAAAAAAAAUUAAAUAAAAAAGCGUCUUAUUUUCCACUGGCAUCCUCAUCCUACCUCCGUCUCUUGUCGUCACUGGAACCGUGCUGCCAUUCUCAUCUCCAGUCGAACCAGAGCAACAGUGUAAUCCUCCUUCCUACAUCCUCUUUACCCAUCAGUCACUGUGAUAUGUACAUAUGACUGUGAGCGUGAGUCUGUGUUUGUCGGAGAGCAAACGAGUCGGAGCGUACGUGUCUCUGUACAGCAUCUGAAAGCGUGUGCCUGCGUGUUGUCCGCCCGCUAGUCCUUGACACUGGGUCAGCAUCUGAAUGAGUAUACACACUUGUUUGUGGUUUUGGCUUGUACAGUGAUAUUGCAUGUUUGUUUUCAGUGAAGCUGGUUUCAAUUAAAAAAAAAAAAAGAAAGAAACGCUCAUAAAAAAAAACAACAAAACAAACAAAAAACAUCAAGUUGUGUUGCAUGGAUUUUUCUUUCAUCGCCUUUUCCGAUCUACCGUACUUCUCUCUCGGUGUCUCAUAUCAAUCAGAGAGGAUUUUUGUUGCCGUUUAUCAGCGCACUGUCGAUUUGCACCGGGGGAGCUUUGUACAGUCAUCAUCAGGUUUUCUCUUUCUUUUCUUUCUUUCUCUUUUGUUUUUUUUUAAAGACUUUCAUGUUCUCUAAAUUCAAAAGUUCUCAUUUCAAACGACUCCACCCCAACUUGGCCGCUUAGGAGAGAAGCGAAACGACACGUCCAUGGAUUGGUGUUGCUAUAAUAUAUUAUGUUUUUGGGCUUUCUUUCCUAUAAGCCAUUUCCCACUGAAGCACAGUAAUGGGAUAUUGAUUCAGUUCAGACAAAGAAUGGAGCUUCUUUUUCAGAGAGGAAGGCCUUAGCCCAGUGAGCGAAAACAUGAAAGGUAUGUGGAAAAGGGUGGCCACAGCGAACCUUUUAAAAUGCUGUUAAACCCGUUUAAAUGUGUAAUUAGGAUAGAGCUAGAUUGGAUUAUGGGAAUAUUCAGAAACCAUUAAUACGCUCCGAAUCAAUCCAUCAAAAGAGUGAAUUGUUUUCCUUUUCAGGGAGCUCUCUAUGUUAGAAUAAAAAUAAAUUACUAUGCUCCCACCUCAUGAUUCAGAACUGAUGAAAAUCAACCAAAACGUUUGACAAGUUUAAUUAAAAAAUAAGUCAGAAAUCCACAAACUUAAUCAAAACACUACAUUUAACCCAACAAUGUACGUAUUAAAAUAGUAAUGUAUGGAACUCUUAAGAAUAUACCUAAAAUUAAUCAAAGAAACACAAUUAAUAACCCAAACUGACAGGCUGGGCAAAGACUGUAACUCUGGAGGAGCUGCUGAGUUUUGUAUUUCUAGGUGGUGAAUUUAACAGAAGAACUACUUGAAUGGAGGAGCGGCAAGAGGACAGCCAUUUCCAGUUAAGGUGCUUUGGUCAUACAAAACCACAAGGAAACUUUUCGGCCCUCAUUCAAAACACUUUGUGGAGGAGAAUUAACGUUACACGUCAACCUCUGUAAAACAUGGUUGUGGCAGCAGCAGGCUGCGGGACAGCUUUUCUUCAGCAGGUAAAAGGAAGCUGGUUGGAGUUGAUACGAAGACGGAUGGAGCUAAGUACAGGGUAAUAAUGGAGAGAUAAUCAACUCUCGAAGGGUCCUAAAGGCUUGAGAAGGGGGGGCAAGGUUUACCUUUUACAACUUUCCAGAACAUGCAGCCAAAGAUACAAUAGAUCAAAGCAUACACAUGCAUUAAAAAUUAAAAAUCCAACCAAGAAGUUUUGUCGUAAAUAUUAAAACUGAGGAUCAUACAUAAUUUCUGUCCAUUCUAACCUUGAGCAAUUGUACAAAGAAUGACGGUAGAGAGCCACCUUAUUCUCUAUCACUUUACAAUUAAGUUAUUUGUUUAUUUUUAGGGUCUUUGAGGUGAAGAACUCAUGGUUCUCGUGUGAGCAACGUCGUAGAACCGAAUGGGUACCAUUUCGACGCGUGAGCUCAAAUUCCCAGUAAAAGACCUGCUGGUUAUCCGACCCGGCGCAGUGCAACGGAAGUGGAAUGAGGUCAUGUUAAUUAGAUGACACCUGUGAAGUUCACCGUGAGCGAGUCAGACGGAAAACACCCAAUAUGUCGACAUAUGAAUUGUAGCGAUAUUCUUUUAGCAAAACUAUUUAAUAUACAGUCUCUGUCGCUUCAUUGGUAUACUUUUGAGCGUAAAGAUUUACGUAUUUGUCAAGAGAGCAAGCUCUCAAGAUAAAUAAAGUUGAAGCGGGUUAAACAAACGGAGCAUCAAUUGGAGGUAAAGCUACUGGGUGAAACCCGUCCGCUGCAGCACAGCAAUAACCUGCCUCUCUCCUGAGAUUUGGACGUUAGGAAGAGACGUACAGCUCACCCCCCAGGAUUUCUCAUUACCGUCUUCAUCUGUUGUCAACAACACGAGCAAACAAAAAGCUGCUGAAUGUCUUCAGCUGUCCUCACGUGCGCUGAAGAUGAAGUCCGAGGCGAUGUCAAAGGGUUGGAUCUGGAUGUCGUACAUGGAGAACGUGAUGCCCUUCUGGUGAUCGCUGGAGAUGAGGGUGACGGUCUGCUGAGCCGUGCACACAUAGGCGUGCCCGGCUGGGGUCACCAGGGCCGAGAGCUUGUGGGUGCUGGCUGUGUGCUUUCCAGCUAUAGACCGAGAGAGACGAAGGACUUUUUAAUAAAAGGAAACAAAUGGCACUGA